GCUCUUCCUCUUUCCUUUUUGGCCCCCAGCUGGCUUAUAAUUUUCUUGCUCAUUUAUUAUAUUUUCGUUUUUCGAUUUUCGUUUAGUUUCCAUUUUGUUUUGAUGAUCGGUUAAUGAAACUAUGGAUCAGUUGUACCUGGAGAUCGAGAUCAGCACUCAAAAAGAGACCACGAUUUAUACUAGUGUGUCCUCGUUCUUGGCUUUGUUUACAUACAAGUUUUUAAACGAUCCAAAAAAUGUGCGAGUGAACUUCGUUUCCACAAAGAUCGAAGGCGGUAAAAUAGCUUUACGAAGUUCCCAACUCAAAAAGGAGCUGACGGAUCGACACAUCACGUGCAGGGAAGCCGCAUCCUUGCCCGCCAUCCAGGAUUUAAAACUUCCGAUCUACGAAAAGGACGGAAAUACCUUCAUAGCUGGAACGUGUGCUGUUUGCCGUGAGCUCAUUGCAAGACAAUCGAAUGAGGCCCUUAAGAAACUUUUAGGAUUUAAGGGAAGCUGCCUGUUGGCUCCGUCAGAAGCAUCAAUUUGGACUAGGUUCUGUGAGGUGGAUGUGGUUGCUGUGGUCAGUAAACUUCAUAGUGGGCAAAUUUUGGAUUCCGUCCCAGAAGAAGUGGUGAGGUUCGAGCAGCAUAUGAACGAACCAGUGAGGAUGCAUAACAUCUAUAAACAGGCCAGGGAGCAGGCCAAUCAGACUGAGAAUGGCGGCAAAGUCAAAAAGAGAGAACGAGUGCAGAUUAAGUGCACCACACCUAAGGAGGAGCUGCUUAUAGAACAUCGCUUCGCCGAGGGCAUCAGCUUCACAAUUGCUGAUAUAAUUUUGUACCCCCUGUUUAGAAUUGUCUUCCUGCAUUGCGGGCAGAUGCUGCCUCAUUUUCCACUUACUAGUACCUGGUUCAGCGAGAUCGAUUCUUUUGACGAUAAAUGCGCCAGGGUUCUAAGGGAUCUUUAUGUGCCGCAAGCUGUAAAGACCCCUCCCGGUGAACUAGGAAUCCCCGACUGUGAGGCCACCAGUCUGUACAAAGCCGAUCCCAAGCGAUACAAACCCAGAAAUCGCAUUUACACCAGCCAGUUAAAGGUGGAAGCGGCUCUAAGUAAGCUUUCCUCGCUGCAACUGCAAUUCAACUCCGAUUCUGAGCACACCUAUGGCCAGCAGCUUAUCGAUUGGGAGCAGAUUGAGCCCACACAUGCCAAGAGUUCCGCACUGCCCAAGGAGCGACUCGAGCGCAAGAGGCAGCAGCUGGAGAACAUGGCCAAUGCGGUGGUUUCCCUGGCGCAGCGAGGUGACCGCAUUGUGGACUUCUGCAGCGGCACAGGGCACUUGGCCAUACUUCUAGCUCUCAAACUGCCAAAUUGUACCAUUAUUGUGAUGGAAAACAAAGCUUUCUCCUUGCUCCAAGCUCAAAAAAGAUCAACCGAAUUGGGCUUAACCAAUUGCGUUUUUUACCAAUGCAAUAUAGAUUACUUUGUCGGAGCAUUUAAAAUCGGGGCCUCUCUGCACGCCUGUGGAACAGCCACAGAUAUCGUCUUGCAGCAGUGCCGAAGAGCCAAGGCACAUUUUGUUUGCUGUCCUUGCUGCUACGGCUCUCUGCAGCCCAUGGCUCACAUUUCGUACCCAUUGAGCGCAGCGUUCCAAAGGGUGUUAGACACAAAGAACUACUUGUACAUUGCCCACUCGGCAGAUCAGGCACACGAGAUGGGGACCACCAACUGCAAGCCGGAAACCACGCUUCAGGGACUCCACUGCAUGUCCGUGGUAGACACCGAUCGCCAGCUGCAGGCGGUGGAGGCGGGCUACCAGGUUAUUCUCACACGCUUAAAGCCCGAACAGUGCACGCCAAAGAAUCACCUGCUAGUCGGACGUUUUGUUAAACAGAACUGAACUUACAAACUGCCACUGAGACAAAAUAAAUGCCUUUUUGAUAUGCUUUAAGUCUA